UUUGUCCAGUGAGGAAAAGCGGAGCGGGAGUCUCGUUGAGGGUCGAGUCGGCUACGAAUUUAGCGCGGGCACCCUUCGGGCGCCCUCCCUCUUAGCAUCGCGAUGCAUCGUGACUCUUGUCCACUGGACUGCAAGGUUUAUGUGGGUAACCUUGGAAACAAUGGCAACAAAACUGAAUUAGAGCGAGCUUUUGGCUACUAUGGACCACUGCGCAGUGUAUGGGUGGCGAGAAAUCCUCCUGGUUUUGCCUUCGUGGAAUUUGAAGAUCCACGAGAUGCAGCUGAUGCAGUCAGAGAACUAGAUGGAAGGUUUUGUUCUGCACGCAGACUUGUUCCCUGGCCAUGCUAACCGCUGUCAGUCUCUUUCCCCAGAACCCUGUGUGGGUGUCGUGUCAGAGUGGAGCUUUCCAACGGUGAGAAGCGCAGUCGGAACCGUGGGCCACCUCCCUCCUGGGGCAGACGUCCUCGAGACGACUAUCGCAGAAGGAGCCCUCCUCCCCGCCGCAGAUCACCGCGAAGGAGAAGCUUCUCUCGUAGCCGCAGCAGGUCCCUCUCCAGAGACAGAAGAAGAGAGAGAUCACUCUCUCGGGAGAGGAAUCACAAGCCUUCUCGUUCCUUUUCCAGGUCUCGCAGUCGCUCCAGGUCAAAUGAGAGGAAAUAGGACUGUGAGGAGGAGCUGUGUACAGGGAGUCAUGAGAUCUGAGGACAGGAGGAGUAUGUACAGAAUGUUAUUUUGUUUUGAAACUUCAUCAAAGCUUGGUGCAUUUUUAAAAUGUUUUAGCUGUUGAACUUGCUUUGUUCCUUGUAUCUUGUAACAGGUGGCAAAUGUAAAGAUGUGAAUCUGUAUAUGGUUCGGAGCAGAUCAUAUGAUUUGUAAUAUUAAUCGCUUCACAAUGUACCAUUAUACAUCUUUUUUUUAUUUGUGCUGAACAGUAGGCAGUUUGUCUUGCAUAGAUAGAAGGAUGUUCCUGGUUCUGCUGCGCUGGGGUGUGUUUUGCUGGGGUUCAGCAUGCAUUGAAGAGGGUUUGUUGCGGAAGCGUGGCCGUGAACAGCGUCCAUCUGCGCGGAACCAGCCGUAGGGCUCCGUAGGACGGUUCUCAGAAACGGGCCGGAACGUCGAGCCAGUAGCGUGGGAAGGGAAUAACUGAGCUGCAGUUUUAUCCAGGGCUCUAGUUCUGACUUCGUUACCUGGAACUGAGCUACUUUAUAUUAUGUGAAAUAUAAAUUUUUAGCCGUAGGGUCAGUUAAUUUUGUACUUCAUGUGACUAGAGUACUUAAAUAGAUGAUUGUUUGACCAUCUAUUCCAGAACCUCUGAUAGACCAAAUACACAGCAGAACUGACAACUGGAGUGGAUGUGUUGGGUGUGUAAUGGUACAUUGUAGUAGUUGUUCAACAUUUCUUUACUGUACAAGAAUUUUCAUGUCACUUGUAAAAUGUCUUUUGUGAGAUCCUUGGGAUUAAAGUUUUGGUUACAA